GCACAUGCCACGUAUAUUUGAACACCGUCAACUGGCACAGACCUGAAAAGUACUUCUAACGCGACAUCGCCGUCAACUGUACGAGAAGAUUCAGGAAGAGAGGAGAUGGGAGGAGCACAAGCGCUAAAGAGAAUCCCGCGCAUCAAAUUCCCCCCGAGACGCUCAAACCUAUCUGGUUCUGCGACCAAGAAUGAAGAAGCAUACGCUGCAGGAAAUCCUGAUUUAACUUUCUUCUCAAAUUCAAAGGUUUCAAAAUCUGUGGGAGGGAAAGCUUCACUUCAGCCAAAGCGAACCCCAGUAUCUAAUGAGGAGAUUGAGGCUAUUUUGUUGGGUGGCUGCUUCUAACCCUUUUGACAGAGCUUUGAGGUGGAAGGACAAUGAGCUAAAUAUUAUUUUUGAUGUUCGUUUACCUUAAUAAAAAAAAGUAAUACUUGUAGCUUUCCAUAGACACUUACACAUUGUCUCAUUGCAAAGGCUGUGUCGGAUAACAGUCAACUCAAUUGAUAUUUUAAGGAUUUAUUGCUUGAAGAUGGAAAAUCCAUCUCAACUA